ACGUGUUUGCCUUUCCUAACACUGCUGUCAAGGAAUGAAUGUGUAAGGCUAGCCGAGUGGUAGCUUUGGCAAUGUUGUCACUCUCAGAAUGAUAUCGCAGCGGGACAGAGGAGAACUGGCUCGCUUUUAUACUGUCACAGAUCCUAAAAAGCACCUGAGAGGCUACACCGUGUACAAAGUCACCGCGAGGAUCAUCUCCAGGAAGAACCCAGAGGAUGUCCAAGAGAUAACGGUAUGGAAGAGAUACAGUGAUUUCAGGAAGCUUCAUCAGAACCUCUGGCAGUUGCAUAAGAAUGUAUGUAGCCAGUCGGAGCUGUUUCCUCCGUUUGCCAAGGCCAAAGUCUUCGGCCGUUUUGAUGACUCGGUAGUUGAGGAAAGAAGACAGUGCUCCGAGGAUCUGCUGCAGUUCUCUGCUAAUAUCCCUGCUCUCUAUAGCAGCCAGCACAUCCAAGAUUUCUUCAAGGGAGGUGAGGUCCACGACGGCUCCGAGCUUAUCGGGCCAGCUGAGUCCUUUUCAGACUUCUUGGCAGACAGUUUAUCAGACUGCAGCUCUGAUGUUCAAAGAGACAUCAGUGGUGCGGAUGAUUUGACUAUAACGUCUGAGUAUGGAGGCCCGUCCAGUGACAGCGACCUGACCUCCCUGGCUGUGGAUACAGACUCUUUGGCUGAGCUGGAUGAUGGCAUGGCCUCAGGCUGCACCUCCCCAAACCAGCCACAGGGGGGAGCCACCAACAUUAGCAGCAGCUGCAGCCCUCGCUUUCGCCGCACCCCAUCUCCUGCCCCAGUCCCUGCUUCCUCAGCCCUUAACCCAGAGGUCAGCUGGCCAGGCCGAACGGCGCUCUUCUCUGGCAGUCUGAAGAAAGCCAGUGGUGGCAACCCUAAGGACGGGAAGUCCGAUUACCUAGAUAGAACUAGUGAGCUCAUCUGUUUGGCUGUACAGAAGGAAAAAGAGCGGGACUUUCAGGCAGCUUUCUCCUGCUAUCGCAGCGGGGUGGACCUGCUGCUGCAGGGAGUGCAAGGUGAGCCCAGUCCCACGCGGCGAGAGGCAGUGAAGAAGAAGACUGCAGAGUAUCUGAUGCGUGCAGAACAGAUAUCCAGUCAGCAUCUGAGAAGCAACAUGGGUCAAGGGUCGACACAGACAGUGGCUUUGGGGGCACAUUGUUGCCCUUCCUCCAGCAGAGGAGGCCAGCAGAGUCCAUCUGAGGAGCUGAGAGCAUACCGGGUGUUGGGGGUCAUAGAUAAGGUUCUUUUGGUCAUGGACAAGAGAACACAAGAGACGUUCAUCCUGAAAGGUUUGAGAAAGAGCAGUGACUGUGGGCGGACUAAGCGGACAAUCAUGCCUCAUUCUGUGCCCCACAUGGUGCAGCUAAAGAAGUUCGUCGUCUCUGAAGACACAGUUUUCCUUUUACUGCAGUAUGCUGAAGGGGGGAAGCUGUGGUCUCACAUUGGAAAGUACCUGCGUAAUUCCAGUCCAGAGGAGAGCUUUGACAUUCCUUACAUCCAGAAGAGCCACACUGCGGCUGUACACUCUCCCCAACAUGCUGUACCACAGCUCGAUGUAGAUUCAGCCAGUUCUGGUUCUGGGCCCGUUUCUUGUUCUACCUCUGUAUCAGAGCUCCAGAACAAAGGGGAGAAGCAGAUCGCCUCUCCUAGGAAAAGUGUUCUCCCUCCCAGGCUUAUCGAACAAAUUGGGGCCCAGUCAGACUCUGGAGCCGCCUCUGAGGAAGAGUGCACCAACAGUUAUUUGACACUUUGCAAUGAGUACGAGCAAGACAAAGUCGAACCAGAUGCACUAGAAGAAGAGGCGGAAGAGAAGAGCGAACAGGAAAUGCUGUCACUGGAAGUGCCCGUCGCGACGACCACCACUUCCUCGCGUAGCCGGUCGCUGCUGAGCAACGACAGCCUCUCUUCACCCAUCAGCUCUCAGGAACUUGGCUUUUUCACAGAGUUGUCCGACAAAAGUAGCCACACCCUUGACAAUGAGCAAUACCGUGGCGAGGGACAGGACCACAGUGACGUGUUCAGUCCUAUGCUGUCCCCUGCUGGGCCUCUGUCUUUGGAUCACUCCAAGCACACGCCAAUGGAGUUUUUCCGUAUUGACAGCAAAGACAGUGCAAGCGAGGUGACCUGUCUUGACUCAGGAGAGCAGCGCCCUUCUCAUAAGCCGGUCUCCCUCUUUUCUGCAUCUGACCUGGGCUCGGAUGUCACUGAGGACCUUCCAGAGCUGGCUCAGGAGGUCAAGGGCCACAGCUCAGAGCGUUGGGGGUUGGACUGCAGCGUUAAAGGCUCCAAUGAGUCGGUGCCAGUCAUCUCAUUUAAAGAAGCAGUCGUGGAGGAUGAGGGUCACCCACCAGACCUUUUGGUCAACCUGCCUGUAAUGGGUGGGACUGUAGACUCUUUAAAGGAGGAACUCGACACCUUGGGUGUGUGUCUCGGCCUCGAGGCCACAGCCUCGCCUAAGAAGUUCAUCCAGCCUGAUGUUUUACAGCUUCACAGCCAGCCUGAGGAAGGGGAGGAGCAGCCACUGAAGCAGGAGCUUUCAUCUCUAUGUACAGGCUCUGCAACUUGUGACACUAGUGUUGCAUCUUCCUCUCCCUUCAACUCACUGUGGGAUGACUGCAGUUUGGCGUUUGGGUCAGACGCCUCUGACAAAAUGUUUGUUCACCCUUCAUGCCAAAAUAAUCACCUUGACCUUUCAGUUACUGACUUGCUUAAUGGGAAACUAGAGGCCGGUACAAGAGUAAAUACAGACUUGGUUCCUGACCGCAGUGGUAAAAGCACAGACUCCAUCCCAGCCACAAAUGGGACUGAGGCGUGCACAGUGGUUGAGAGUUUAUUUGGUCUCAAUGGUGAAUCUUCAAAAGUUAUUAGUAAUACAGGUGGCUGCGAAUUUGAUAAAGAAGUAUCGCAGCUGUUUGCAGAGCUGGACGAGCUGUCGUUGGCCGCAUCCCAAGUUCGUAUCCCGGAGGAGUUUGUACGAUGCUGUGCCGUAGCGAUGGUGACAGCCCUAGACUCUCUGCACCAAGAGGGCAUCUUCUGUCGAGACCUUAACCCCAACAACAUCCUGCUCGACCACCAAGGUCAUGUUCAGCUCACCUACUUUUGCAGCUGGAAUGAUGUGGAGGAGUCCUGCGACAAAGAGGCCAUUGCCAAUAUGUACUGUGCACCAGAGGUGGGAGGAAUCAGCGAGGAGACGGCAGCAUGCGAUUGGUGGAGUUUGGGCGCCGUACUGUACGAGUUGCUGACGGGCAUGUCCUUGCUGCGGUGCCAUCCAGCAGGAAUCGGUCGCCACACCGCUCUCAACAUCCCCGAGUCUGUUUCAAAAGAGGCCAGAUCUCUACUGGAGCAGUUGCUCCAGUACAACCCAGUGGAGAGACUAGGGGCAGGUGUGGGAGGCGUGGAUGAUAUCAAAUCCCACCCUUUCUUUGCCAGAGUGGACUGGCCCAAAUAGACGCUGUGCAUUGUGGGACUGCGGAAACCAGAGCUGCAUGCUGGGAGACCGGCUGUCCUGAAUGCGUUCCUUUCAGACUGGAAACACAAAUAGACAGUAAAUACAAAAUAUGCAUUUCUGCACGCGUCUCCCAUUUUAUGUAUGGCCAUUCAGUCCCCACAUAUUUCUUUUUUUAUACGGAAUUUGCCAAGAAGCAGUAUUACUUUCCUCGUAAAUUGCUCAUUUCUUUAUCUCAUAGAGGGUUUACUGUGUAACCUUUGUGGUGCAGGGAACACUUAACAACAUGCGUGCAGUAAUUUAUACAAUAAGUGCUGGUACAGAGUGAUGAUCCCAUACGACAUUGUUACUUUUACAAUCACACAGUAGCGGUAAGCCAAAUGGACACGAGUGAAAGGUGACAAUUUUGUUUACACUGCAUUUAUUAGGUUGUGUAGGUUACCCAUUUAAAUUGAGGCAGACUUAAAGCUGCUAAAUGAGUUCUUCAGAGCGACAAAUUAUUAUUAUUAUUAUUAUUUAUGUAAAGAUAGAGUGGAGCCUGAUCAGAGAAUGGAGUCUUUCUCUCUCUGUGUGUGAGUGUUACAAUUUAGAGUUACUCCGCUCUUUGUUGACCCAGCCGGGCCAGCUGCACGUGCAUGUGAGCGGGCCCCACUGGGUGGUUCAUGGCCGCCACUGUGCACUGCGCUUAUACGGUUGUUACGUAACGAUUGUCCCGACCAAUUGCAUCAUCGCGGAAGCCUAGCACCCACCCUUUGGUUCCACCCUCAGGUAAACAAUGCCGGCUCUGUCAGCACUUUAGCCGUUGUUUGCGCUGUUAGCUGCUAGCACUGUUAGCUGCUAGCCGGCUCGGCCGUCUCGCCUUGUGAGAGCCGUCGAGAGGCAAUAAAAGAGGUCCCAAUCUCGUUUAUUGUACCUUAAGUCAGCUUUCCUAAAAACACAAGUGCAAUACACUCAGUUUGUUGCCGCCUUUAACAUAUUAAUUAUUCCUCGCCGAGCCCAUUUAGUUGAGCUCAAUUGAUGGCUAUUUUUAGGUAGGAGAUGGUUUUGUUGUUUAGUGAAGUGUUUAGUUUAGUUUAGAAGAUUGACUUAUUUAAUAGCUUAUAUCUGGAAAAAGUGUCCGUUUAGCAGACAGGAGAGCAAAAAAAUAAAGAAUGAGACUAACCACAUAUUUCAAACCAGCCCUUUUUACAGUUUGUAGUUGUUUUAUGAAUCUGUUCACUACAUUUUCUGCAUGGAAGAAUAUGAUUGAUGUAAUGUAUGUAAUACUAUGAAAAUUGUAUCAAACAAUAAAUGAUGUGCGUCUUGUAAA